UCAAAAGCUUCAGACUCUGCACCCUCAAACCCUCAGCCUUUCCUCUCACCAUUCACGAACGCACGUCUUGCAGUGGUCAUCAUCUUCUCCUCGUCGCGUCUUCGCCGGUCUUCGCUGGUCUGCCCCUGUUCUCUGUCGGCAGUGUUAUAAUUUCUGCGAGUUUCUGGGAACGAUUAACCAAGAAGAGAAGAUGAUCGAAGUGGUUCUGAACGAUCGAUUGGGGAAGAAGGUCCGCGUGAAAUGCAACGACGACGACACCAUCGGAGACCUGAAGAAGCUGGUUGCAGCUCAGACAGGAACGAGGGCCGACAAGAUUCGCAUCCAGAAGUGGUACACCAUCUACAAGGAUCACAUCACCCUCAAAGAUUACGAGAUCCACGACGGCAUGGGCCUCGAGCUCUACUACAACUAAAAUCCCUCUUCAAAGGUCUCUUCUUGAUUCCUUGAUAUUGUUUAUUUUAGGGUUCCUCCUGAUUUUGCGUUUAUUUAACAAUUGGCUUGAUAGAAUUUACCUUUGCUGAGCAUUGUGGAUUCAUAAUUUUGUUCAUCCCUAGUAAAGGCUAUUAUUUCUUUAAGGAAUUGCCCAAUUUAUGGGCUCAUGUUAUUGUUUCUGUGCUUGCUACUUCCUUGAAUGGUAUAAUAGUACUUGAGACUCAUCUUUUGCUGUUGUUUG